AUUGAGUGGGAGUGCAAAUGACAAUUUUGAAGGACAAGUGUUUCUCUCUUCGUUUUUGUCAAACGUUGUGUGUAUAGAGCGGAUCGCCAGAUUUAGCAUUACACACAUUGAUACUGACGAUACGUGUCUGGCUUCUCCGCCCAAAUGCACAAUUUCCCUCCCCAUUUAAUUCCAUUCCUCAUUUACUCCUAAUAAUCCUCUUCUCCACUCCUCAAUUAUUCUUCUGCAACCUGCCCCAAUUUUUUCUUCCUUCGUUUGUCUUCUUCAUGGCCCCAACAGUAGAAUCUCAGCAGCCACCGUUGGAGGCGGAGAAUAUCACCACCACCACCAGAGUUGAAAAUGAAGUGUCGCCCAUCAAAUCGAAAGUCACGGUUGUGGGCAGUGGCAAUUGGGGCAGUGUUGCCGCUAAACUCAUUGCCUCCAAUACCCGGAAGCUAAGCUCUUUUAAUGAUGAAGUGAGGAUGUGGGUGUUUGAGGAGACACUGCCUACGGGAGAAAAACUCUCAGAAGUCAUCAAUCGAACUAAUGAGAAUGUUAAGUAUCUUCCAGGAAUAAAGCUUGGAGAAAAUGUUGUUGCAGACCCUGACCUUGAAAAUGCAGUGAGGGAUGCAAACAUGUUGGUAUUUGUAACGCCACAUCAAUUCAUGGAAGGCAUAUGCAGAAAGCUUGUUGGGAAGAUAAGGGAAGAUGCUGAAGCAAUUUCUCUGAUUAAAGGAAUGGAAGUUAAGAGGGAAGGUCCUUGCAUGAUCUCUACCCUCAUUUCUGAACAGCUUGGAAUUAAUUGUUGUGUUCUGAUGGGGGCAAAUAUUGCCAAUGAGAUUGCAGUCGAGAAAUUCAGUGAGGCGACUGUUGGAUACAGAAAACAUAAAGAGAUUGCAGAAAAAUGGGUUCAUCUAUUCAACACUUCAUACUUCAUGGUCUCAGCUGUCCAAGAUGUUGAAGGGGUUGAACUAUGUGGAACGCUGAAAAAUGUUGUGGCUAUUGCAGCAGGAUUUGUGGAUGGGUUGGAGAUGGGAAAUAACACGAAGGCUGCAAUUAUGCGAAUUGGUCUGAGGGAAAUGAAGGCCUUUUCCAAGCUUCUUUUCCCUUCUGUCAAAGAUACUACUUACUUUGAGAGCUGUGGUAUAGCAGAUCUAAUAACAACUUGCUUAGGGGGAAGAAACAGGAAAUGUGCAGAGGCUUUUGCUAGAAAUGGUGGGAAAAGGUCUUUUGAUGAGCUCGAAGCAGAGAUGUUACAGGGCCAGAAAUUACAGGGUGUCUCAACGGCAAAAGAGGUCUAUGAGGUUCUAAGCCACCGGGGAUGGUUAGAGCUGUUCCCUCUUUUCUCAACAGUGCAUGAGAUCUGCAUUGGUCAUCUUCCACCUUCAGCAAUAGUUGAAUACAGCGAGCACACUCCCAAGUUCUCCCUUGUGGGAGGUUCUGCUCAAUUCUUCUGAAAUUUACAUUAACAAAAUCUAUAGCAUUUAUGCUUCCUUCUCGAAUUAUUUGUGCUGAAUUUUCUUCUUCUGUACAACUAGCAACACUCAAAGCUUAGAUGCAGAUUGUAUCUUAUGCUACACAUAAGCUAUUGAACACAUGGCACCAACAAAAUUAAUAGCUUUGGAUUUGCAGAUC